AUGACCAACUGCGAGGCAGUGAACACUCCGGCCGACGUCAAGCCGAAGCUCUCCAAUGGUGAAGGCGAGCUGCUGAAGGAAGCAACUUGGUACAAGAGCAUGGCCGGCGCACUUCAGUAUCUAACACUGAUGCGACCGGACAUUGCUUAUGCUGUACAACAAGCAUGCCUUCAUAUGCACGCUCCACGGGACUCCCACGGCACCUUGCUCAAGAGAAUUCUGCACUACGUCAAGGGCACCACUGAACUCGGCCUUCACCUCCAUCGCGCAUCAUCUCCGACGAUCACCGCCUACACCGAUGCCGACUGGGCCGGGUGUCCAGACACUUGA